UGAUUACAUGGCUAAUGAUGUUUAUGUCAUUGUUGUCAUGUGUCAUCAAUAAUAUUUUAUUGGUGUGAAAAUAUCACAUUGAUUCCGACCACGCACAAGCAGUGCUCCCGAGCAACGUGAUACUGAAGGAGAUCGCCAAUUCUGAAAAUGAAUUUUCAUCUUCUCAAUGUUGCAAUGAGGGGGGCAUUGUAAUUUUUAUCUUCUCAUUGUGUUAUCUCCAGUGUUGUAGUUGUGAGAACCGGAGCGAUUUGGAUUCAAAGGUUAUAUUGGAAGAGCUGGGGUUCAAGCAGCCGAAGAUUAUUGUGAUUGUGACAGUCAAAGUGCCUUGCACAUUGCUAGCAAUUGAACCUUUCUCUCCCACAACAAAACACAUAGACUUCAAUACCAUUAUGUUAGAAAAGUAGUUGAAGUAGGACGUGUGCAUAUGUUGAAAAGUCACACCAAAGAUAACCUAGCUAAUGUAAUGUAAUGAUGAAACUGAUCAACUCUAAGAAGUUUAAUGGUGUAGGUAAAUCCUACGGUUUAUCAGAAACAUAAGCAGCAUGGAGAUGGAAAGGUAGAGGAAAUUUUUCCAGAUCACAAAUGUGGCUUUAAUUUGGUUGUGGAUUAAUUAAGCUAAUGAAUUAGGGUUAAUUUAAUGUUAAUCUAGUAAAUCUGAUGUGAAAAUGAAAGAAAUAAAAAAAAUCAUAGAAGCCUAAGUUGACAUGUGGAGGUGCCACAUAGAAUCGUCGAAGACAUUUGGCAACACCACUAAAGCUCAGCUCCACGAGGAUUAAAAGUAGGUUAUUUUGUAAAUAUUAGUGAUGAAGAAGAAGAAGAGGAAGAAGAAGAAAAGGAAGAGGAAGAGCAGGAGGAAGACGAAGAAGAGGAGGAAGAGGAAGAGGAGAAAGAAGAAGAGGAAGAGGAAGAAGAAGAAGAGGAGAAAGAAGAAGAGGAAGAAGGAGAAGUGGAGGAAGAAGAGGAACAGGAAGAAAAGGAAUAGGAAGAAGAAGAAAAUGUAGAAGAAGAGAAAGAAGAUAUAGAUGAUGGGGUGAAUUUUUGGGUUCACUUAUUUUAAGGGUGAUAUUAUGUUUCAUUAAUUUGUAAUUUUGUUUUAGGUCCAAUUUGGUUUGGGGUUAGAUAAGCUAAUGAAUUGGGGUAAAUUUAAUGUUAAUCUAGUAAAUCUGAUGUGGAAAUGAGAGAAAUAAAAAAAAUCAUAUAAGCUUAAGUUGACAUUUGGAGGCGCCACAUAGGAACGUCAAAGAUCACUGGCAACGCCGCCAGAGCUCAGCCUCCACGAGGAUUAAGAGUGGAUUAUUUUCGUAAUAUUAUUCACAAUAUCCGAAUGAGAAUCACAAUAUUAUGCAUAAUAUCUGAUUGAAGUUUUUCUCUUUCGAACUUUUAUUUCGCUCUCUCUCCACAUUGAGUCCACUUCAGGGUUUCUUUUGGAAAAGAUUCGUUUGUUACAAUCUCAAUCUACUGGAAUGGAUUUCCGUAAGCGAGGAAGGUCCGAAGUUGCUGUGAAUGGUGCCAUUAAGAAGACCAAGCAAGAAAUGGAGUCCUUAUCAACUGGUGUAGGAAGCAAAUUGGAGCCAUGUACCAAGUUUUUCAGCACUGCAGGUUGCCCAUUCGGUGAAGCAUGCCAUUUUAGGCAUCAUGUUCCUGGCGGCUAUAAGGUUGUUGAACAGAUGUUAAAUAAAAAUUCUAUUGUAGCAACAUCCCAAUCGUCUAGAAAUGUUGUUGCACCACCAGUACUCAAUGGGUCUACAGUAGGCACUGGUGGUGGUAUGGGUGGUAGACUUAUUGCUCCUCCUGGUCUUGCUUCUAGCUUUGGUGCCAGUUCGAAGGCCAAGAUUAGUGUAAAAGCUUCCUUGGCCGGAGCUAUCAUUGGGAAAGGAGGUGAGAACUCGAAGCAGAUAUGCUACCAAACUGGAGCCAAACUUUCAAUUCGAGAGCAUGAAUCUGAUCCAAAUCUUAGAAAUAUUGAACUCGUGGGAAGCUUUGAACAAAUCGAGAAUGCAAGUAACAUGGUAAGAGAGUUGAUUUUGACUGGGUCAAUGCUUGCCCCACCUAAAUCAGCUCCAGCUGUUCGUGGUGCUCCACCUAAAUCAGCCCCAGCUGUUCGUGGUGCUCCGACGCCACUUAGAAGUAACUUCAAGACCAAGUUGUGUCAGAAUUUUGCAAAAGGAUCUUGUGCGUAUGGCGAAAGAUGUCACUUCGCACAUGGAGCAGCUAACCUGCGUAAGCUAAGACUCUGAGCUUCACCUCGGUCAAGUGCAAUUUGUUUGUCCAUCAUUUUUGCUUGGGCUAUUAUUUUUAUUAAUGGCUUCGGAUUCCAUAGCUUUCUCGUCCUGAGUUUAUUUUCAAAGCUACUUCUUGAGGUUGCACAAAAGUUUCUACUUUUAUUUUCCUCCUCAAUUUCUCAUUAUUAGCUUCGCUUCACAGAAUAUUGAUUUAUUAAUGGGUUCUUCAAUGGUGAACCAUUUGAGGAAUGGCGCACCAAUGCACCAGAGAUUUUAUCUACUACAGCAGGUUUUAAAUAUUUAUUUUUAGACCAAAAUACUUUUCAAUAAGUGGGUCCUUGUUUAUGAAUUUUUUGUUGCAAACUGCAAUUAGAUACUAUACGACUGAAAAUCUAUGCUAUAAUUUCAACAUU